UAAAGCAAAGGCAUAUGACCUCAUGCAGCCCAAAAGAAGAGAACUGGAAACCUAAAUUAGUAACCUAAAUUACUAAGCAGGGCAAGAGUUAAAUGACAGCUUAUUAAUGAACAACAAAACCCUGAUUCUGCUGCUACAGGGGAAAAAUGGGUGGUAAUAUAUCUACCCACACUACAUUUUUCCUAUGAAAGUAACAAGGAUUGCUGUCCUAAAGUGUGGUGUUCAUAUCUCCAGCUGCAUUUACUACUUGUGGUUACCAACAGGUCUUUCAAAUCCAGCUGUGAUGGAACCAUUGAAUGGAGCUGAUGGACAGCAGGAACCACAAAGCAAGGCAGAGCAAUCUCAGAAAGGUCCUGAGGAGACUUCACAGCAUAGCUGGGUGGCCUGGUGGAAUGGAAUAAAAACAGGAGGAAUUAUAUAUCUGUUCGCCCUGUCACAGAUCUUGGUUUUCUCCCUUAUGUUUUGGUGUGGUGGCUGUGAGACAAUCCCAGCAGUUCAGGAUGCUUUUGAUGUAUUGUCCAAUUUGCUUACUCCACUUGGACGGCUGGUUACAGAUCCUAGCAGGGAUCUGAUCAGAGAUGGGGGCAUCACAGUGUCUUACUUCCUGCUGUCUUUGUUUUCCCUUGGCUUGCUACUCCUAGGAACAUUGGUUUGGUAUCUGUUGAAGACACCUCCAGAUCCCCCAUUUCCCUUCCAAGAGGACAGGAGACAGUCUGUGAGCCGCCAACCUUCAUUCACUUAUUCUGAGUGGACAGAGGACAAAAAUGAAGAUGACUUCCUUUAUCUGGACCCAGUGCCAGAGACACCAGUUUUUGACUGUGUGAUGGAUAUGAAAGCAGAGAUGGAUCCAGCAACCCUAACAGUUAAAUCUGUGGGACUUCAAGAGAGUCAUCAAGAAAUGCCUGUAUAUCUCGCUGUCUUGUGCAGGAGGGGAUCAAAUGUUUCACUCACACUGGACAUGUGCACUCCAGGCUGUUCUGAGCAAGGGUUUGGCUACAUCAUGUCUCCAAGGGAACAGUCAGCUCGAGAAUAUCUCCAGGCAGCAUCAAACGUUCUCACUGAGGAGGAGCUGCAUCAGAAAGCAUUAGAUUCUUUUGGGCUCCAGACAGAGUUUUUUGAAAUUCCAAUGAACUUUGUUGAUCCAAAGGAAUAUGAUAUUCCAGGUUUGGUCCGAAAGAAUCGCUACAAAACAAUUCUCCCAAAUCCUCACAGCAGAGUGUGCCUUACCUCAGAUGAUCAAGAUGAUCCCCUGAGCUCUUACAUCAAUGCCAACUACAUCAGGGGCUAUAGAGGAGAAGAAAAGGUGUACAUUGCUACUCAGGGACCCAUAGUUAAUACUGUCAGUGAUUUCUGGAGAAUGGUGUGGCAGGAGCAUUCUCCAAUUAUUGUCAUGAUUACCAAUAUAGAAGAGAUGAAUGAGAAAUGUACAGAGUACUGGCCAGAAGAACAGGUUACCUAUGAAGGAAUUGAAAUCACAGUUAACAGAGUUAUACAAGCAGACGAUUACCGGUUAAGGCUUAUUACCCUAAAGAAGGGUGAAGAAAUAAGAAAUUUGAAGCACUACUGGUAUACUUCUUGGCCAGACCAGAAGACCCCUGAUCAAGCACCUCCCCUGUUGCAGCUGGUUCAGGAAGUAGAAGAGGCUGUGCAAUGUGAAGAAGAAAAUAAUGCUCCAAUCAUAGUUCACUGCAGUGCAGGGAUUGGGAGGACUGGCUGCUUUAUUGCCACCAGCAUUUGCUGCAAACAGUGGAAGAACGAGGGGGUAGUGGACAUACUCAGAACAACCUGCCAGCUACGGAUAGACAGGGGAGGAAUGAUCCAGACUUGCGAACAGUAUCAGUUUGUCCACCAUGUCAUGAGCUUGUAUGAAAAGCAGUUUUCUAGAGCAGCAGCAGCAGCAGCACAAGAGUGAUUCAUGAUCUUGUUAUGACAAACAACCACCAGAACUCUAAGCAGAAUCGUAUGUAUUCCAGAGCUGAAGAUACAUGUGGGAAUGUCAGAACAGAAGAUAUUUAUUUAUAAAUAUAUAAAAACAUGUAUAGUUUUACUUUCAUAACGCUUUAUUUUACAUUUAAAAGCUAAGAUAUCAUUUCAACAUGUGACAGGACAUCAUUUUCCUCACCCAACCCCCCCCCCCCACAAAAGGCCUAUUUAUAAUGUACAUAAGAUCAGUAGCUUCAUUUAUUACAAAAUUUUAAAAUAUCAUUGUCAGAUUUGCUAUUUUAAACAAAAAAGGUACAAAAUUGCUACUAGAUCCAACUACAGUGUGAAACUUUGAUAAAUGUCUUGCUGAAGUCUGUAAUGUAUGUUUACGAAGCUUGAAAAGUAACUUUUUGGCCUUUUUUUCUGAUGGAUUGUUUUUACAUUUUAAACUACCGGAUACUGUGUAUAUCAUAAGACCUUCUGAGUCUCUGCAUUAAAGGAUUCAAAUAGAUUCAUACUGAAA